CCCUAAUGUUCCUCACUACCAGUCAACUUUGACACACCGAUUCCAUUAUCCAAAUCUUGAUGAAUAUAAAAUUUGGAUAGUGUUUAAAACCAAAUCAUUUUCACCCCACUAACCUCUUCUAAUUUCUAUUCUUACAAACCAACGUGUGUUUGUUUCUUCUUGUUCCUUUGCUUUGGUGCAUUUCCUGAGUAAAUAAAACAAACUCCACAUUUUCUUUUUUGAAACUACUCUGUUCUAGUCUAAAAGAACAAAUUUUUUUGUGAAAGUCUUGCUGUGAUUGGAGAAAAAGAAAGUGGGUCUGUUUUUGUCUUUCAUAGGGUGUUUGGAUCCAAAAGGUGAAGUAGAUUUAUGCGGGUUCUGCUUGUUUCAUGUUAUAGCUUGAAGAAAAGCCAUUUUUUUGCUUCAUGAGAAAAAUGUCUUGUUCAUUGAAGAGUGGUUUAUAUAUUUCUGGCCCCAAUGAGACUCUCAUUCCAAGCUCCAAAUCCAAAGGGGUAGUUGGCUUUUUGGCACCUUUUAGUCAUUCACAAUUUAGACUAUCGAAAACCAGAAGUUUUCCCGGUUUGAGUGUUGAUUUCAAUGGCCGACCCCUAGUUGUCUCAGAUCAGAAACGUUUAAGAGAUUGCAAUACCAGAGCCCCAAAAAAAUUCUCUGCUCAUGCAGAAGCAUCAGUGAGUGUUAGUAGGUCUCUGAGAUGGUGGCAGAAGACCCUUAAACCAAACAUGAUAGAGAUCCACUCAGCUCAAGAGCUUGUUGAUUCUUUGCUUAAUGGUGGUGAUAAAUUGGUUGUAGUUGAUUUCUAUUCACCUGGUUGUGGUGGCUGCAAGGCUCUACAUCCCAAGAUCUGUCAGCUGGCUGAAUUGCAUCCAGAUGCCAUUUUUCUGAAAGUAAACUAUGAAGAACUCAGAACAAUGUGUCAAAGUCUCCACAUUCAUGUCCUUCCAUUCUUUAGACUCUAUAGAGGAGCUGAUGGACAUCUAUGCAGCUUCAGCUGCACCAAUGCAACUAUAAAAAAAUUCAAAGAUGCAAUAGCCAAGCAUGGGACUGAGAGAUGUAGUAUUGGGGCAACAAAAGGAUUAAACCAGUCAGAGCUGCUAAAACUGGCAUCAAUUGGGGAAUUAUCCAUGGACUUGCCAUUAACAUCCACCAAGGAAGAAAGAGUGGAAGAUUUGGUUGUGGGAAGUAUUGAUUUGUGUGGAGUACUGAGAAAAGCAGAUAAUUUGAUGGACAUGGAACUUGAAGCAAGAGGUGCUUCAGUGUAGGCCUAGUUAAAGUGUUGUGAUAUUCUGAUAUAUUUGUGGGUUUGCAAUUGUAAACAUAUCCAUGAUUGAGUGUUCCAUAACCAGGGCCCUUGGUAUUUUUUUGGUUUUUUAUUACCAAAUUUGAUUGAUGGGUCAUUGGAUUUGGAUUUGAGUUGUAAUCUUUCAAUAGUGGCUUUAAUAGCGCAAAUGUUUUCUUGGAUGAGUAA